AUGGUGGCGACCAUCACCCCUCCAAGAUGCCUCGACUCCUGCAGUCACCCCAAGGCUGUGUCAUCCCUGUCUCAAGCUUCUGACAGGGACGUGGGAUUCCAGAAACCUGCAGGCUGCUGUUGCAAAAACAGUGCCCAGGAUGCGGGGCCUUACCCUGCCUUCGAGGCCCAGCAACGGGUUGAGAGGAUCCAUUUUCUCAACAGGACCCAGCCCCGUCCCAGGCAGAAGCUGGUGUUGUGCGAUUACAGCGAGGAGGUGGACAAGGAGUCCCCAGAUGCUGACCCUUGGCUUCCUGCCUGGACCCCAAAGGGCAGCGCCCAUGGGAGCCCACUCGCCUUGGGGCCUCCCCAGAUUGACAAGUGGAAUGCGACAGGCCACCGGAGCGAGAUCCUAGGGCUCAGCCCCUCCCUCUUCAGCUCCCCGGGGAAACUGCAGCCAGAUCAGAUCCUGGAGGAUGGCACCAAGUACCUGACCCAAGCUCUCUUUGAAGAAGUAUUCUUAGAUCCUGCGUCUUCACCUUCUGCCUGCACGCUUGAGGGACUACAGAAGAAGGACACACCCCCUGAGGCCCCCGAAGACCUUCCCGACUCCCACAGCUGGUGCCAGUCCUUGGUCUCGCUGGACCACUGCUACCUGUCGCUGUGUGAGAACAGCAAGGUGCUGUGCAGCCCCAGCUCGGAGGACACGGACACAGACUCGGUGUGGAGUCAGCAGGAGGAUGUUCAGGCCAACCUCGAGAGCCUGCAGUCCUCCAGCGAUGAGGAUGAGAACUAUACGUGGACCCCCACCCAGCGGGCCUCAGCCCUGCCCGCAGCCGGGAGGAAGGGCAGGGUGGUCAGGGGCCUUGUGAAGCCCAAGGAGAGCAAGCAAACCCCCUGCCCCACCCAGAUGAAGAAGAAGUGUGUCAACGGCUUCAUCAUGUUCUGCAGGAUGAACCGGAAGCAGUACAUCAGAGCCUGCCCUGGGACCGCAUCCACGACUGCCACCAAGGAGCUGGCCCACCUCUGGCGGACGAUGACCCUGAAGGAGCGGAGGCCAUAUUGCACCAAAGCGCGCAGGUUCAGUCGCCGGCACAACCGGAUCGUGAAGAAGGUCAGCUCCAGCAGCGAGGACGAGGACUGGGAGACCCCCAAGCCCUUCUACCAGCUGCUGGCUGAGAAGGCCCGCCGCCCCCAUACCGCGCGUGAGGGCAGCCUCACCCCCUCCACCACUGCCUCGCAGCCCCUGCAGCCGUGGUCUGAAACAAGGCGCCGGUGGUGA